AAAGGCAUAGCAUUAAAAGCCUUUAGUUAUCUAAAAAUAAUGUUAUUACUGCAUUCAAAGGGUAUACUAAAAGGGUAGGUAAUGAUUAAUGUUACAAACUUGUAUAUAAUGACAAACUGUCCUAUUGUGAAGCCAGAAAUUUUCUGACUGAAUGUGAAACCAAACGGAGGAGCCAUGUGGAAAAUUCUUGUAUUAAUUUUGAUGACUGUGAAUCUUAGUAUAGCAGCUGGAAGUACUUUAAUAGAAAUUAAUGAAGGAUACGACAUCGAUCAGCUGACUAGUUGUGUCAUGAGGUUAGUUAAUGAUGGAAUUGACUUUAGGAACAUGAGCAAACACAGGGACGCGACCGUGGUCAACGAUGUCGGAUAUCUCAAAGUAUCCGCUUUCCACAACGAGGAAAAUAUACGAUUCCUUUCUAGAAAGUUCGCGUGGGAGCCUGAAAACAUUAAUUACAAUGUCCUUUACAUCAUAUCAUGUAAAAAUUAUCAAGAACUUGAUUGCGGGAUAAACAAUAUGACAACAGACCCAAUGUGGAACCCCACUGCGGAUUUUAUUAUAGUCAUGCAACAUUUAGAAAUGGAGAAUUUGGAAAAAAUAACUUUUAUUCUUCGUAAAUAUAAUGUUGUAUACAAUGUUACUAUACUUACGCAGGAAGACGAUGACUACGCUAUUUAUAUGUACAACUUAACGUCAUCAAAUCAUUGUGCGCAAGAUUACUACCUAACUUUAGCAUCUCGGUGUUCGGUAUACCGAGACAUGAGCAGUUUGCCUUUUCUGAAAAAAAGCGUAGUUCGCAACUGUAAUUAUAAACUGAUCACCUAUAAUACAUGGCCGUACGUGAAUUUCGAUUCGAAGACCAAAGGAAUGGAGCAAUACAUCAUGCACUUAUUCCAGAGACGCACUGGAGUCAAUCUUGAGGUGGAACGUGCUUCGACAACGAAUAGAUUUGGUGAAAUUGAAGAAGGCUUAACUAUAAAGUUGGUACAAGAUAUAGUAAGGAAUGAGGCGGAAGGUGUUUUUGGAGGGCUUACGGUCAGGCCCUUCUAUACUGGGAAUUUUUCAUAUACGUACCCAUGGAGGAUCGACCAUGUAUCAUUUAUUCUUCGUCACGCAGCUAUGAUCAGACAGUGGGUCGGGGUGUCAAACGACAGUCUGAUCACCUUUGUCUUUUUAGCUUUAUUAUUUGUAUCAUUUUGCGUAGGAGCAUCAACUUUAACACUGUUCCCUAGAAAAGAAAAAGACACUAUUCGCGAUAUUCUGAUGGUUUUCGGAUACUUCUUGAACAAGAGCAUGACCCGGAAAACGUGUCCCGGGUGGUCUCGGUCAGUGUUAGCGGGGUCGCUGUUGUAUGCCUCCUUCAUAAUUCCAUUCGCCCUACAGACGAACAUGUGCAGCGUGACCACUCAGCCCCUUCGAAGUUAUGAGCCACAGACGGAGGGGGGGAAAGUAGAAGGCGAAAUGGACGAGAAUGGAAACUUGAGACCCAUCAUUGGCAUCAUCAUCAGCCCAUCUCAGUCCAUUGCUGGACAGAGGCCUCUCCCGUUUAUAACCAUACUAUAUCUUCAGCAUUCUCUCUUCAGUCCCUGCCCAAUGCUCUACAGUUGA